UAUCGACUUAUUUCGUCAGGGUCAUAUUCGAACGAACUGUAUGAGGAGAAGUAAUAACGCACACUUUUGGCACACGACUGUCGCACGAAUUUAUACGUACAUACUUAUAAAGACAUUUGCAUAUUUCUAAUUUUCAAUGAUUGAAGUUUUAUAGUUGCAUAAAAUUGAUACAAUGGCAGCUACUACAUUAGGAUUUAUUCCACUGCAGCUGAUUCCAACAAACGCUAUCGGGCAGUACAAUUUCGAGAAAGGAUUUCCAGCAAAUGGGACAUACGUGGUGGUGAAAACGCCAACAGUAGCUCAACAACUGCAGCUUACAAAAUCUCUGAAAGAAAUGCAGAAUGGAGGAAAAGAAAUUAACAAUAACGAAAAUGCAAACAAACCAGUUCUUCUACGGUGCAAAAGACGGGUGGAUUUUACCGGACUUGGCUGCAAACUUGUAGACUCACAAACUCCGUCUGUUUCCAGACGAAAUGAGCGGGAACGUAAGCGCGUGAAAAUGGUUAACAUGGGGUUCGAGACGCUAAGACAGCAUGUUCCUGUGGGCCGAAAAAACAAGAAGAUGAGCAAGGUUGAGACACUAAGGUCUGCCGUACAGUAUAUAAAACAACUGCAGGAACUUCUGGAUGCUGACGCUGCAGCUCCGGACAAUCGUCUGCUCGAUAAUGUAGAUAUGGACGAACUUGAGAACAAAGUUACAGAAAUGAUACAAAAUGCAAACGAAAGUAACAAUAACCUGAACUUAGAAAAUGGUAUUAAUUUAAGUAACAGUGUUAAUCAGGAAGCUAUGGACGUCUCGCAGAAUCUCGGAAACCGUUUGCAGCAGACGACACAAAAUUUUUAUCCGGAACAAGAUUCUAGCACACCGGAAUGUUCACCGGAUCUACCGCAGUCUCCAAAUCAUGCACAGGAUCAUUUUUUCCAGAACUAUCAAAACUGUCAGCCAGUUUACACGACGCAAUAUGACAAUAUUUCCACGUCGUCGGCGGCGGGAUCAGUAAUGUCGUACUCCCAGGCAUCUCCCGCCGGCUCACUACAUUCUCCAACAUCAAGUGUCGUGUCGGACUCCAGUUACGACUCUGUCGGUCAUGAAGAAGAAGAUAUUCUGUCAUUCUCAAGCUGGUUUUGAUCAUUCAAAACAAUCAAGUCUGCAUAUGUUUGAAUAUGCAUUGAUUUGUGAUAACAGAGUCGGUUAAUUGUGGAUUACGGACAAACCGUAGCGAAAGGACUAAUGCGGUUUCAGGCAUGAUGCGUGAGCCGUAAAAAUCAGAGGACCUCCGAAUGACAGAUUACACGGAGUUGCGUUGGUAACACAAGCCAUGAUGCAAGGUAAAAAUGCAGGGUGCAUUUCUGAAGAACACCGAAUAUCGUCAUGGCAACGUGCAACCAGCAACAGAACACUGCCUUAUUUAAAUGCAUUUAGCAUUGUAUAGAUUUUGAAAUUAUAAAGUAUUUAUUCAUUUAUAAUUGCAGUUGACAAUACUGGAAUAGUGCCUUAAAUGGACUCGUGUUUUUAAUGAAUGUAUAUAUUUUAUUGAGUAUGAAAUAUUUAUUCAUAGAUUAAAGAAAGAAAAAAAGAAAGAAAAAUACGAAAGGUUGAGAUUUAACUUUUCUAAUUUUGUUGCAAUAUUUUAGAAUAAAAAGUUAAAUAAAACAAACGCCACUGCUUAUUGUAAAGAAUUUAUCGGUCAAUUAUUAUUGUUUGAGUUUUUAUGAAACAACUUUUAACUAGAGUUAAGCGAUUUUAAAAUACUUGUAUUUUCUUUUACUUGAAAAAAAAAACGACAACACAUAUGGCGUAUUUAUUACUUUACCAUUUUUAUAUGUUACUUGAACAAAGUCUGCUUGAACAAAAAUGUGCAGUUAUUUGUAUUUUCCCCGAAUGUGUUCAAUUCUGUUUUUAUCAUAUACAUAUACAUAUCAUUUUUUACAAUAUUAUUAAACAUAAGCUCAAUUCGACCAGGUACUUAAAAGGCCCUUGUUCGGACUUUUUUUUUGAGUUUGAAGAUAUUUUUUGUACUGUUCUCAUAAUAAUGUGUUCAAAGGAGAUGUAAAACUUAACAUUGUGUACUUAGUACUUACACAAUACGUUACACAAUUGUGUAAUAAUGUUUUCUAUGCAGUGUGUUCAGAAAUGUGUUCAACAUACAUUUUUUUUAAUAUAAAAUGAGACAUAGAUAAUUGUUUUUAUAUGCAAACUUACAAUGAUAAAAAUACGUCAUAGAUUCUGACGUCAUAGGCACUUGUUUUUUUUUGUUUGAAAAUUGUUUUUUGAAAAUUGUUAAUUUUCUUAUUUGUUGAGAAAAAAUUUAAAUAUGGGUACAAAUUCUUCACAGGUUUAUGCAAGAGUUGGGUUGUUAUGAAAUUGAAAUAGUGCUUCCAAGCGUUAAUAUGUACAUAAUUUUAUUCUAUUUUUAUGAAAUUUACAUACAUUUAUAUAUGUGACUGUAUAAAUAUUAUUGAAAUUGUAUAUAGUUUUAUAUAACGAGUUCAAAUACCUUUUUUUUUUAAAAAAUGUGUUAUGAUAAUUCAUAUCUCUAAGCGAGAUGAAAUAAACUGAAAAUGAAA